UUUAAAGAAGGCAGUUUCACAUUGUUCAGGUUCAGUUGGCGGUAAAUCUUAGUGUCAAAUUCUCUAUUAUUUGUAUUCAUUUUUAAAGACAUCUUAAUUUUGAAAAAAUGCCAUCUCUUUUGGAAUCUUGUGAAAAAUUCUUUGAAACCAAAGAUUUGUACGAGGUGCUUAAUAUCAAGAAAGAUGCCUCAGACAAGCAAGUUCGUAAAGCCUAUCACAAGCUAUCCCUGAUCGUUCAUCCUGACAGAGUUGACGAAAACAAGAAGCUUGAAGCUACAGAAAAAUUCAAAGUACUGAGUCAUGUUCAUUCAAUUUUAAGUGAUAGUGAAAAAAGGAAAAUUUAUGAUGAGACAGGUGAUUGUGGGGAAGACAGUGAUGAACCAAGUGACCGAGAUUGGAGUGCAUACUGGAGGUCAUGUUUCAAAGAAAUCACGGUUGAAGACAUUAAUAAUUAUGAGAAAAAGUACAAAGGUUCAGCGGAAGAAUUGGAAGAUUUAAAGAAAGCAUACCUGCAUGGAAAAGGGAGUAUGGAUUGGAUCCUGGAAGCUGUACCUUUUACCAACACAGAUGAGGAAGAUCGUUUGAGAGAACUCCUGAAACCUUUCAUGGACAGUGGAGAAAUUCCUGUUUACAAGAGAUUUACUAAUGAAAAUCCUAAAAAGACGGCUGCAAGGAAACGAAAGUAUGAGAGAGAAGCAAAAGAAGCAGAAGAACUAGCCGCUGAGUAUGGUUUGGAUAAAAACAAGAAGUCUGAAGAUGAUGGUGAUGGCAGCCUGAUGGCCAUUAUCAAAGCACGUCAAGGCCAAAGGCUCAUUGAUGGAGAGAAUUUCCUAGACCGCCUAGCAGAAAAAUAUGCUGCAAAGGUAGCUAAAGGAAGUAAAAAGAAAACAGGAUCUAAAAGCAAGAAAUGAGUGUACUGUUCCUAUUCUUGAAUGAAUGUUUGAUUUUCUGUCUAUGCGAAAUAAGUACAAAAUCUGUAGUUUUCUCAGAAUUUGUACUUAAACUAUCUUAAGGUUAUCUUUAAUAUUUUUUUUACCUAUUGUAAGUGAUGAUUUGUAAGUUGUAUUCUGUUGUUUUUAUUUUUAGUUCUUAUAUAAGGCUUGCAAUAAUAAUGUAAAAAUAUUUUAA